UUCAAUGAGUCAUAGAUAAUGAAAAUGAAAUAUACCGUUAACGAGUUAAUCGAGAGAAAAACAAACAACUACACGUGACUUUGACAUAUCGGAAACGUAGCUGUCCAACUUUCGACUUGAGCUUUUAAAUUCUUGUCUCAUUCAACUCUUAUUAGUUUUAUCGCUUACCCUUUUGGUUCUGGUUUUUUUUUUUUUUUUUUUUAUUAAUUUCGCUGUUUUCUCUAAUUUUUUAUUGAACGAUGUUGGCAUUGUAGUAUGAAUUACGGGGAAAGAUUCAACAUAAUUUUGAACAUGCAAUCACGAUGUAUAACCUCGCUUUUCAUCAACCUUUUGGAUAAGAGUCCAAGAAGCUUCUGGAAGAUCGAACGGUGUCAAUUUCGCGCAACUCCAUUAGCGUAUCGAAAGAAGAACAGAAAGGAUAAAGGAGAUGACGGGCCAAAAAUAAUAAAACCGAUCUGCGAGAAAUUACCUAAACCAAUUCUGCAGCCUUCGUGUAAGAACGCUAUAGUGAUCGGUGGGUCUGAAGGUUUCGGGUUUGCAGCGGCUGAUCAUCUGCUGUGUAAAGGAGCGCGCAUCGUCGUGGUAGCUGACGAUGAUCCUACUGAAGGAAAAAUUGCGGUAAAAAAGUUAUGCGAUUCUUACGGAAAAAAUCGCGCUCUGUUUGUUCAUUAUGACAUUAAAAGUGAUUGCCACGUUCAAGCUGGUUUGACAAACGCUCUCUGCAAGCUUGAAGUGAUUCACAUUCUUUUCAACAAUCUCGAUAAAGAAAAACGGUUUAAUAACAAAAAUUUACAGAACGCUACAACUAAAACGAUUCAAAUAGGAUUGGAGCUUUUAGGAAAGGAUCAAGCUGGCUUUAACGGGAUAAUAAUAAAUUGCGCGAGUAUUUUUGGUUUCAUGGGAUGGCCUCAAGAUCCCUUUCCCGUUUAUUGCAAGAAUGAACCAGUUAUAGAAGUGACGAGAGAUUUCGCGAAAAAUUACAAAGGAAAAGAAAAGGAUGUUCGUGUUGUGGCCCUUUGUCCAACGACCAAAUGUUUCUCCAAUAUUGGAUUACCAGAUUUCCCAGAACCUAUCCCAAAUAAAAUAAUGAACGAAAUGCCAAUUUGUAUACCGCAUUCCAAGUAUCACAUAGGAACUGCUUUGAGCUACAUACUAGCGUGGGCAAAGAACGGAAGUGCAUGGCUUGUAGAACCAGCAAUCAGUGUCCAUCAAAUUCCUCGAUUAAUUCACUUCCCGGAGAAAGAAGGUGGACAAGUCGACCCUAAAGUCUAUGAGGCACAAGCUUGUCCAGUGAAAAUAGAACCACCAUGCGUCGAACCUAAGGUGUGUGUACCCAGGAAAAAACAAAUGUGUGCGAAAAAGAAAUCGAAAGAUGAUGAUAAAAAAUGAUCUCUUCCAACAACCUUCGCGUACGCAGUUGUGCACGGGGCUUUAAGCUCGCACAACCCUCGCUUACGCCUACUAUAGACGGAAGAUAAGAGUUAGAUUUCAUUUGGAUUUGACCAAUCAAUACCGACCUAUGCGCUGCCACAGACGCACAACUACGAGGGUUGUCCAAAAAGUACUACCCGUUUACAUCCAGAAGCCAUGUAAAACGAUGAAAUGCACUUACAAAAGGUCAUCCAGCUUCAUUCGUGUAUUGACGUGAGUCGUACAAAAUUUUCUGCUUAAAUAUUGAAUAUCGUCGUUGUAUCAGUCGUUUAAAACGACGAUGCGAACUGGAAAUGCCGCCGGUGACGUUUUUAUGCUUCUGGAACGUCGACAAAAUUUUUUCAAAAGGAUUUCGCCAUCGAUUUACAGCUGAUGUUUGAAUCAUUACGAAUGGAUGAAUUAUUGAAUUCAAUAGGGACAGAAAAAUUGUACGCGAUACGUGAGUUCAAAAAGGUCUCGUUGCAAAUGAUAUUCAUUGCAGUUUUUUGCAAAGCUUCAAGAGUCAAACUUGACCGAUAAUGUUUCGCAGAAAAGAAACGGUUUGAACGAUUGCGUAAGAGUAUGGUUAAUAAUUUCCAUUAUUUCAUUUCGAAAUAAAAAUAAUAAUAAGAAUAUGCUGAACUGACUACGGAAACGUGUGACGAAGGCACAGAGAAACUUGUAUAAUUAUCGUUACGUUAUGAUUGUUUAAGUAGAGCUGAUGGAUGUAUUGAAAAAUAACUUGUUAUGUAUGCCAAAGUUACUAAUCAAGAAAUCUUCUCAAAAUGUAUUUGUACGCUUGUUAUUUCAAAACGAGUAUUACUUUCCCCAUGACCUUUGUACAAGCAAAGUAUAUUGUCGCGAAUAUCUCGUAAACUAAGGUCGAUCGUUGAUUAUAUGUAUAGGAGAAGGCUUUACAAAUGUUGAGCGACAAAAUCAUCGACAUUUACAUCGAUACAACUGGCCUAUAUAAACGAUUCUUCGAUGACAAGGAGUAUCGAUGAUCGCUUCAAAAUAAUAACAGUAGCAACGAAUAUCAUCGUACAUCAUGACGUACUUCUUUGUAUAAUAAUCAAGCAAAUUCUGCUAAAUUAUAAUAUAGAUACGUACUUCAAAUGAAAUGAACAAAGAAACAUAGGUAAAACUGUUUUUAAUUCGUCUGUCUUCGUUGAACAUAAAUUUGAAGAAUAUGAAAAAUUAUAUUUAUGACUUUGGCUGUCGAACGAACCUGAAAGUGUUCCACUUGUUUAAAUUAAAAGUAACGUAACUGUUGGAUAAUCAGAAAAUUAACAACGUGUUACAUAAAGAAAACGUCCGUAAGCAUAGAAAAAAAAUUUUUUUUACGGUACGCGACGAUAUUACCGAUAAAAGUAAUUUUCGACUGCUCCCAAAAUAUUCAAGGUUGAAAAACACUGAACUAUUUAUAUAUAUAUACAUAGGUACGUAUGUAGUUGAAAGCUGUAUAUGUACAUAGUAAGAUCAUAAAUUGAAACGUUAAAUUUUAAACGGUAAUACUGAUCGAUCUAGCCACGCUCAGGUUUGCAAGAGAAUUACUUACCUGUCUGUUUAAAAAAAAAGAAAUAGUUACGAGCGACAAUAUCGUACAGGCUUGAGCAAUGUUCGAGUUUUUUAUCUUCCCUAAGAUGUUUCAACAUGCAAAUGUUUCGAUCAGCAAGCGUAUAAAUUUUAAUUUUGCGACCUCGCUAUAUCGUUUCCAGCUACGAUAUAUAUAUAUAUA